AAGGAGGAGCCAAGCAACCAGGGAGGGCGCUGGAUGCUCGCAGGUUGCCGUGACAGCACCACAGCCUGCUGUUUCUAGUGACGACUAACGCAAGAAUGUGUGUGAGGCUAUGCUGUGUGUCUGUGUGUGAGCUGUUCUAGGGAGGGGGAACCAGCGGCUGUCUGUAUCCAGCCCAGAUUGCAGCGUCCUGGGGGCCCCUUCUGUGACUGUCUAUCUGUCCGUCACAGAGGUUGGAGUUGGCCCUUGCUUUUUCACAACGCGGUACUCAGUCACUCGAAGAUGGCCAACCUCCUCCUCCUUUUCCUCCUCAUGCCUCCCUGUGAACUCCAGCAGAAGCAGCAGCAGUACUGGGCUCUAUCUUCUGUCAUGCUCUGUGCCACUGGGCGCUCUAUGGUGCUAAGCUCCGGGUGAUCCUGCUUACCCGCAGCUCAGCCCCCACUCCUCCCUCCUAGCCUGUGUGGUGGACAGGACUGAACCCUUGCCUGGUGUGGUCAUCCCCUAGGUUACCUUGGUCUGAUCCCAGCACUACCCAGCCACUUGCUUUCUGCUCCACUGCCAGUGAAGAACAAUGACUUCUCAUGUAGAGGAAGCAUCGUUCAGCAGGUUCUUCCAGUAUGUGGAGGACAGUGGACUCAGGGCCUAUGACGGACUGGUCAUCCAGAAUGCCUCUGACAUCGCCCGUGAGAGCGACCGUGUCCGGAAGGAGACCAACUGGGCCUACCUUCAAGAGAAACACGAUAAGAAAAGAAGACAGGAAGAAGCCAUAAAGAGGAUCGGUGAGGAUGUGGGGAGGGCGACGGAGGGAGGCUACGCAGGGAAACACUUCCGCAUGGGCUUCAUGACCAUGCCGGCGCCCCAGGACCGCCUUCCCUCCUCCUGUGGCCAGGGCUUCACUGUGCGUUCCCAGUCUCUACACUCCGUCGGUGGGGGUGACGAGGACGGGAGCCCCAACUCCCGUAAACAGCCCCCGCCCAAACCCAAGAGAGACCCCAACACCAAGCUCAGCAUCUCCUCUGAGGGUGUGAACUCUGGAUCUGCCUCCAGCAUUUGCAACAGAGACAACCUGGAAAACUUUGACCGUGAGUGGCCUGGCCUGUACGAACUCAAUGCAUGUUAUGCACGCUUUGACAACGACAACAUCGUGCCGGGUUUGAGGGCUGUCACCGACCCAGAGGAUUGGGUGAUCUCGCUCUCUGAGGCCGACGUGAGAAAUGUCUUUAAUCAGGUCAACACUCACAAGGCCGCGGGGCCAGACGAUAUUCCAGGGCGUGUUCUCAAAGCAUGCGCAGAAGAGCUGGCAGAACUCUCAGGCCUCAUGCCACAAUGA